AUGACCGAGAAGCUCAACCUGAGCCCGGCCAUCAACGCCCCCAAUUUCUAUCUAGAUGGCGAUAUCUACCCUUUUUCUUGGAACCGCUCCACAGCCAGCGAGCCCCCAGAUAUCAGCGGUCUACCCUCGAUGAACUACGCUCUGUAUCUGUUCAAUAUAGUCAAGUUCCAUCUAGGGCAGAUAUGCCGCUUUUUCGACGAAGAGUCCUUUAUAUCCCACAUGCACAAAUUCUACGCUAGCACCACGCCCGAGGAGGCAACCAAGCCGCGUUUCUGGUUCGUGCAGUUCCUCCUGGUCCUUGCGCUGGGAAACGCAUUCUGCUCCCGGCCGCGGAACCUCUCCGGGCCGCCUGGGUCAAAGUUCUUUGCCCGCGCGAUGUCCGUAAUGCCGAGCGGGACGGCUACCGGGAAGGAUAGCUUGUUGGCCAUUGAGACGUUGGCCCUGGCGGGGGUAUAUCUGUAUUCGAUUGACCACCGGGAGGCCGCGCAUGUACAUGUCGGUCACGCCAUACGCAUCGCACAACUGGAAGGACUGCACACCCAGCUUCCGGAGGAGGAACUCGGCGCGGCCACAGUCGCCCGGUGCAGGAAUCUCUGGUGGACUCUGUACAUCAUGGACAGACAUGUUUCGUCGUCCCUGGGGCUCCCGAUGACCACACAAGACAGUGACAUAACCACCUUGGUCAAUACCCCGAGUGCCAGCCUACACGACAUCAUAUUCAGCCUUCAGAUCAGGCUGACGCAGAUGCUGUCGUACAUUCUAAACACCAUCUAUAAGACAGAAAAGACCCGGUUAGGCAGGUUCCUCGAGAUUACAAGGAACGUCCUACAGACAAUGGCCAAACACGCGGAAGAGAUUGAGAAGAUGCUCCACGUGAACUUCCAAGGUUCGAUGGACAACGUGCCGCAAGAGACGCGCCAUAUCAUCCUGCUCUACCACCAGUGCGUAAUAAUCGCAACACGCCCGCUCCUCCUCUCGGUCCUGAAAGAACGCCUCGAUACACUCAACCGCGCCGAGGAAGAAUGGCAGAACAGCCUCGCCCUCCCCAAAUCCCUCAUCUCCAUCGGGAUCAAAUCCGCCGUCAAAAUGCUCCAAAUCCUGAGCGACGAGAACUGCCACCUCGAAAUUUUCCUCCCCUUUGACCUCGAAUUCACCUACGCCGCCGCGCUCCACCUGACCAUGGCCAACGCGCUCUUCCCGCCCGCCGACGAUCACACUAACACCUACAGCCGCACAGCGCACUCCAUCCUCGACGAGAUGAUCCGCGGUGGGAACAAGGUCGCCGCGGCGCGCAAGGGCGAGCUGCGCUGCAUCGAGGGGUUGUUUGAGGAGUUCGCUCAACGAGUGCAGCAAGGCGGGCUCCGCGUGCUCACGUUGUCGGGCUCGGGACCGGGGGCGGGACAUGCAGAUGGUGGAUCUGGGUCUGGGGCGACGGAUACUGACAUUCAAACUGGAAAUGGCACGGGAAAUGGGGAACCCCCCGCACAGGUGCCUGCAGCGCAGCAGUUAUCGGUGAAUGGGACGCGGUCGCCGUCGGUAGACCCGUCUGCGUCGGUGAAUGUCGAUUCGCUGGAUGAUGUUACCGGGAUCUCGUCGUAUGAGUUCUUGUCGAUUGUGGAUCAGAUUGGGAAUCCGGAGAUGCUGUAUAAUGUUCUUGAGGUUGGGCCGGAGUUGUGGGAGGAUCCGUUUGGUUCGUAG